GCUCCGUCUUUGAGGUUCAGCAUGAAAACUUCUGUCAUCUGGAGUUUGCUGGUCUUUCUUCUUCUCUGCACGGGAGAGGUUGAGUGUCAGUGCACAGCAGAUGGCCUGGAAAUUCAGGGGGGUACUUACACCCUAACAAAGGGCCUAGAGACCAACAGCUUGCUGGUCUAUCAGUGCCCUGAUAACUUCUACCCGUACCCAGACACAAUUCGUGUGUGUCACCCCAACAAACAAUGGAAACCACGACCAAAAAAGUUUUCUCCCCAGAGAUGCAAGCCUGUGGAGUGUCCUGACCCUAACGUCCUGGAGAACGGAAAUGUGUUUCCCCCUUUGGAGAGAUACCUUGCUGGCAACACCACCACAUUUGAGUGCUACUCUGGUUACACAAUGCGCGGCUCUUCAAGUCGUACCUGCUUAUCCAAUGGGAAGUGGAGUGGCUCCACCACUAUCUGCAGUCGUGAUUCCGGGGACGCAUGUCCUGAUCCUGGUGUCCCACCCGGUGCCUCAAGGAGAGGAAACACAUUCGAUGUUGGUUAUGAUGUCACGUACUCCUGCAAUGGCAACCUGUUUUUAGUGGGGUCCAGAGUCAGAGUGUGUCAGGAGAACAGCCAAUGGACCGGCAGAGAGCCUGCAUGCUACUCCAAAUUCACAUAUGACACUUCCCAAGAGGUCUCAGAAGCAUUUGGCAGUUCCAUCAAAGACAGCCUCACCACCCUGCAGCCCACAAAUGACACACAAGCUGGGAGAAAAAUCCGCAUUUCAAAGAACGGGACGCUCAACAUCUACAUCGCCUUGGACAUUUCAGAGAGUGUUGAAGAAGAACACUUCAAAAGAGCAAAGCUGGCCAUCAUUACACUUAUUAAAAAGAUUGCAGCCUUCACUGUGUCGCCAAACUAUGAAAUCCUCUUUUUCUCCGCUGAUGUGUAUGAAGUUGUCAGCAUUGUUGAAUUUUAUGAAGGCAAAAUAACUCUGGAGUCUGCCAUCAAAAAUUUGGAAGAUUUUCAAAUAGGUGACAAGAGCACUGGAACAGACGUGAACGCUGCUUUAAAGAAAUUUGAAGAAGGUAUGGCUUGGAUAGAGCAAAAAACUGGAGAUAAAUUUAGUGAACAUCGUCACGUCUUUCUCCUCUUCACGGACGGUGCAUACAACAUGGGUGGCUCCCCAUUGCCAACAUUAGCCAGAAUAAAGAACAGGGUCUACAUGAGUCCCACAGGUGAUCCCGGAUCAAGACUGGAUUAUCUUGAGAGCUACGUCUUCGGCAUCGGGGCUAACAUCUUUGAUGAUGACCUGCUGCCCCUCACAGCAGGAACGGAAGGAGAAUUGCAUUACUUCAGACUGAAAAAAGAAACAAAUUUAGCAGCCACCUUUGAUGAUAUAAUUGAUGAAAAUGAAGUCAUUGGCCUCUGUGGUCUGCACAGAGACUAUGAACUCACAGCUGACAAAGACGGCAAAAGGAGAAGAUAUCCAUGGGUGGUGUUUAUCAAUAUCCAGGGCAAAUCCCCGAAGAAAUGCUUGGGCUCUCUGGUGUCGAGUGAGUUUGUCUUGACCGCUGCCCACUGCUUCAUCUUCAGUGAUGAGCCACAAGAUGUCAAAGUUGAAAUUGACGAUGGGAAAGGCAGCAAAGAGAAGAAAGUGAAAACAUUUAAGCUACAUCCACAGUACAAUGUUACAGCUCGAGUGAAACAAGGCGUGGCUGAGUUUUAUGACUAUGAUAUUGCUCUCAUCCAGCUGGAGCGACCUGUUCAACUCUCCAUUUCUGCCAGACCCAUAUGCAUACCUUGUACUAAGGAAACCAGUGAUGCUCUCAGACUCCCCGGGUCAGCAACAUGCAGAGAUCAAGAGGAGCUUUUAUUGAAAAACCAACGAGAAAGACUCAGUUUCUUGACUCGGACAGAACCACUAGUUGGUGAAAAAGAUGUCUAUGCAAAGCUUGGAGAUAAUAGAGAUCUAUGCAUCAAAAAGGCAUUGAAAGCAAAGGGAAUAACAACAACAGACCCAAAGGUUCCUGUGACGGAUAACUUUCUGUGCACUGGAGGUGAUAGAGACCACAUAGCAUGCACAGGUGACUCUGGAGGAGCUGUGUUUAAGAACUAUGAGAGUCGCACAAUACAGAUUGCUUUGGUAAGCUGGGGAACCCAGGAGAUUUGCACUGGAGGUGGUAUGAGAGAGACAACGCCUGAAUCCAGAGAUUUCCACAUCAAUCUUUUCAAAAUGGUUCCUUUUCUCAAAUCAAUCCUUGGAGAUGACGAUCAGGACGAUUAUGCACCCCUUACAUUUAUAAACUAACAAACACAUUCAAUUAAGAAAGUCUCUUGAAUAAGAGGCGACAAUGCCUUUGAAUUAAAAAAAAAGCUAAAGACCAG